UGGAAGUGUUACGAGGCCCUGCUGGCCACCCCGUUGGUUGUGCUGGAGUCCAAGGGCGAGCAUGAAGACGGGCUGUGGAGGUUGGUCUACAAGUGGCUUGACGCCCUCCACGAGUGGUGGUGCGUCUUCUUGCCUGAGACUUGGGCGUCGGGACGGAAGGCGUGCUCCAAGUACUGCACGGGGGCGAGUCUGGUGUCUGGCCGUUCGGUCGCCCGUGCCAAGCUUGUCGCCAAGGUGGUAUGGACGCUGACGUCCCGGAUCCUGUUCUCGGCGUUCUACGCCGUGCUGUUCACCUACGAAGUCGUCGAAUGGAUCUGCCAGGGCGUGGCCGGCGUGUUCGCUGUAGUCGUGGUCUUUGAUUGCUGGUUCGCCUCCGAGGAGGGCGAGCAUGCAAUAGUGACUAACUACUGGUUGCUGGUGGUGAAUGUUUGGGUUGCGCUGGUAUGCAUAACCAGUAAGUUGUGGAGGUUGUACGAGGCGUCGGCGGGCGAGCGUUCGCCGCUGACUAUGGCCACGGAGGGCUACGCUGCGUGGUGCGCGGCUCUCGAGGAGCAGGAGCAGGCUGAGCGUCUAAGUGAGGCAUUUUGGAGGAUGGACGGUGGGGGCAAUGCGCCGAGAGUGCAGGUGCGGACGCGAAGUGGAUUGCAGGCCGAACGGAGGGCCUGGCAAGUAAGGAGAGAAGUGGAUCAAGCUUCGUGCGCUCGGCGAGGAUGCCGAGAUGCAGUCGGGGAGGAUGUCCCGAGUCGGAACGGCUCGGACCGU